AUGGAAUAUUUAAAAUCAAUAGCUAUAUUUAAAGUCUAUUUGAAUAUUUUAAUUGCAAAGAUAUUCCAUUGUUUAUCUGAUAUUUGUAGUAUCAAUGAAGCAAAGGAAAUUUCUUCUUCAGAUAUCUAUCGUUACGAAGCCAAUAGAUUGGGUAUCAAAAUCGAAGAUGAAGACUUUGCACAGAAAUUGGACAAUCAAGACACUCUAAAGUCAUUUAAAGAGAAAUUUCAUUUCCCAAUGGUAAAGGAUGUCUGCAAGUGCGAUGAACAGAAAAAGAAUGAAUCACCAGUGAUCUAUAUGACUGGUAACAGUUUGGGAUUGCAGCCAAAGGCUAUCAGAUCAGAGUUGGAGGGUUAUCUUAACGAUUGGCAGAGAUACGCUGUCGAAGGACACCACAAGGGUGAACACCCAUGGAUUUCGAUCGAUGAGGAGAUUCAAGAGUCACUCGCACAGGUCGUUGGUGCCAAACCAUCGGAAGUCUGUCCAAUGAACACACUCUCUGUAAAUCUACACGUGAUGAUGUCAAACUUUUAUAAACCAACUCAACAACGUCACAAGAUCGUAAUUGAAGCCGGUGCAUUCCCAUCUGAUUUAUAUAUUGCAGAAUCACAAAUUAGACACAAUGGAUUCAAUCCAGAUACUUCAUUGAUUAAAUUGGAACCACUCGCAAAUGAAUUUACAAUCUCCACCGAUAGAAUCAAGAGUAUCCUUUCAGAGCAUGGUGAAUCGAUUGCUAUGGUGAUGAUCGGUGGUGUACAAUUCUUCACUGGACAACUUUUCGAUAUGAAAGAGAUCACUGCAUUCGCACAAUCGUUGGGUGCUGUCGUAGGUUGGGAUUUGGCACAUGCCGCCGGUAACGUCGAGCUGCAACUCCACGAUUGGAAUGUCGAUUUCGCGUGUUGGUGUUCCUACAAGUACUUGAACUCCGGUCCAGGUUGCAUCGGUGGUUUAUUUGUACACGAGCGUCACACUCGUGAGUUUGACUCGCACACCGACAAGCGUCUACUCGGUUGGUUCGGCAACAAGUUGGCCAACCGUUUCAAAAAGGAGACAAUCUUUGAGGCUGAAGAAGGUGCUCUCGGAUUCCGUUGUUCCAAUCCAUCGGUUGCCGAUUGCACAUCGCUGAGAGCAUCGCUUGCCAUCACCAACGGUGCUAGCAUCGCAGCGUUGCGUGCCAAAUCGUUGUUGUUGACAUCGUACCUCGAGACACUGCUGUUGAGCAUCAAGGGUGACCACAGUUUCUCGAUUAUCACACCAAGAGAUCCAACUCAACGUGGAGCACAACUCUCACUACACAUUGGAGGUAAGGUUUCAGCAGCGAAACUCAAAGUGUCACUCCUCAACGCCGGUGUUGUUUGUGACGUCAGAGAUCCAAACGUAAUCCGUGUCUCACCAGCACCACUCUACACCAGUUUCACAGACGUAAAGAAUUUCGUAAACAUUUUAAUCAAAUCAUUGAGCGAAUAG